CAUCGCGUAUACAGUGCGAGUCGGAUGGGUUUUUCCUCACAAGACUAGAUAUUUUGUACAUUAUUAAUAAAAUCGCAAGACUGAUAAAACCGCUUAAUUACAUUUUUUUAUACUGUCAUCAGAUAAAGAGCUACUGCUCGCAGUUUAUUCAUUUCGUUCAUCUUUAUUUUUAUUGUUUUAAAAUAACAUACUAUAUUUUGCGUCCGCUCGCUUGGUUCAGGUGUUGCUGUUUUCAACAUAAAGUUUUGGAUAUUUACAACUUCAGGAGACACCCCAAUAUAUCUCGUCAAAUUCUGCGAUUUGUAAUUAAACUGUUAAAAUGGCACCCACAAUUGGUUGUUUUAUGAUUUGCUUUGUGAUUCUUCUCGUGUCUCAGUUUGUUCUCGGUGAAAUAAACGAGGAACAGGAGACUGUGCCGGUAAACCUUACAUUUAAACAAGGUGUUUUUUGGAAGAGUGGGGAAAGACAGCGUUUUAAGAUAGAUGCAUUUGGCCAACGUUUCCUGCUCGACCUGACGCCGGACAGCAGGUUUGUGGCUCCAGCAUUAAACGUGCAGCGCAUUAAAGCGAAGCACCUUGCCGCCGUUUUACACGGCUCACACAGAGAAGCUGCUCUCAGGGAUGUCACCGACUACAUAGACAGCGAUGCGGACAUCAGAGACUGUUUUUACACCGGUACCGUCAACUCUGAAGAGGAAUCGGUGGUCGCUGUCAGUCUCUGUCACGGCAUUUACGGUAGUUUCAUCACGCAAGGGGAUGAGUACUUCAUCCAGCCCAAAGCGAGCGACAAGAACAGCAGGAAAUCUUUCCCGCAGGUGCAUAUUGUCAGAAGACGAGCUUUUUCUGACAGCCAGACGGCGUCAAAAAUCGUCUUUGAUCAAGUUAAAAUUGACAGUUUUGGGACAGACAGCAACUUGAACUCUAGCGUAGAGGAAGACGGCAAAUCAAAUCGUGCAAAACGAUUCGUGUCGUCUGCGAGAUUCAUCGAGACGCUGGUGGUUGCUGACGCUUCAAUGGCACGUUUCUAUGGAGACGAGAUAAAGCACUACCUCCUGACUGUCAUGUCCAUUGCAGCACAGAUUUAUGCGCACCCUAGCCUGAAAAAUGCAGUGAGUCUGGUAGUAGUAAAGAUGCUGGUUGUGGAGGAUGAAGAGGUGGGGCCGGAGCUUUCUAGCAACGGUGGAGUUGCGCUGCGCAACUUCUGCAUGUGGCAACAACUUUUCAACCCAGGCAGCCAGAGACACCCUGAACAUUAUGACACUGCUAUCUUGUUCACAAGGGAGGAUAUUUGUGGAUAUAAGGAUUGUGACACUCUGGGUGUAGCUGAUGUUGGCACUAUGUGUGACCCCAAAAGAAGCUGCUCGGUUAUAGAGGACAACGGCCUUCAGGCCGCUUUCACUGUAUCACAUGAACUCGGCCAUGUUCUUAGCAUGCCACACGAUGACUCCAAAAACUGUGAGAAAUGGUUUGGGCAUCUCAAUGGACACCAUAUGAUGGCUCCGUACUUUAUCCACCUCAACAAAACCCUUCCAUGGUCCCCAUGUAGUGCACUGUACAUCACUGAGUUCUUCGACAAUGGACACGGUGACUGUUUGUUGGAUUCACCUGAGAAGACCCUUCCUUUACCUGCAGACCUCCCCGGCCUUACGUUUGGACUCGACCGGCAGUGCCAGCAGGCUUUCGGGGAGGAGUACACCCGCUGUCCCAAUGCGCCUGAAGAUCAGGCGUGUAUGCAGCUGUGGUGUCGAGAGGAAGGAAAAACUCAGUGCACCACCCGGAAUGGAAGCCUUCCCUGGGCUGAUGGGACUUCCUGUGGGGAGGAGAAGAGGUGCCGUGAGGGUUCGUGUGUGUCAAGCUUUCUAGAGGAGACAGGAGAGAUGCCAGUCAAUGGCGGUUGGGGUGAAUGGGGCACUUGGGGGCCGUGCUCACGGACAUGCGGUGGGGGUGUGGAGUUUUCUUACCGUGAGUGCACUGCUCCAGUGCCACAGAAUGGUGGAUCGUACUGUGUGGGACAGAGGGUCAAAUACCAAUCCUGCGGCACUCAGACGUGCCCAGAAGACCAUGGAAAAAGCUUCAGAGAGGAGCAAUGCGAGAAGUAUAACAGCGAACGUUACUUAGACAUUCAAGGGAAUAUAAAGCAAUGGAUCCCCAAAUAUUCCGGUGUCUCUCCACGAGACCGCUGCAAACUCGUCUGCCGAGCCAAAGGGAGCAAUGAAUUCAAAGUUUUCGAAGCCAAGGUUGUGGAUGGCACCACCUGUGGACCAGAUACAACAUCCAUAUGUAUUCAGGGCCAGUGCAUCAAAGCUGGUUGUGACCAGGUGAUCGGCUCCAACGAACGACUGGAUAAAUGUGGCGUCUGUGGAGGUGACAGUACGACCUGUAGGAAAAUAAGUGGCUCGCUAAACAAAGCAAUUUUUGGUUACAAUGAUAUUGUUACCAUCCCUGCUGGUGCCACUAAUAUAGACAUAAAACAGCGCAGCCAUCGAGGCGUCAUGCAUGAUGGCAACUACUUGGCAAUAAAGGCACAAGAUGGAACCUACAUCCUGAAUGGGAAUUUCUCAGUGUCCAUGGCAGAGCAGGACAUGCCAGUGCCUGGCGCUGUGCUUCGCUACAGCGGCUCUUCUACCACCUUGGAGCGACUCCUCAGCUUUCACAAACUUCGGGAGGCUAUCACUGUCCAGCUGUUAUCCACAGGUGGGGACACCUUGCCUCCUAGGGUCAAGUACACAUUCUUUUUGCCAAGGGAUGUACCUUUUAGCAAGCCUGGCUCAGAGAGCAGGAUAUCACCACACCUCAUUUUACCGUUUGGAGGGGGCGACUGGGUCCUGGGUGAGUGGUCCGAGUGCUCCAAGAGCUGUGGUGCUGGAUGGUCCAGGAGAAGCGUGGAGUGCAAAGAUGUUGAGGGAUCCCUGUCCUACCUCUGUGACACUGACCUGCGACCCGCAGACAUCCGGCCGUGCGGGGACCUACCCUGUCCCAUCUGGCAAAUGGGGCCGUGGUCAGCAUGCUCGCGGACGUGCGGACACGGAGAGCGCCACCGUACUGUGGUCUGCAUGGAUUACACAGGCAAGGUUUUAGAGCUUGAGAAGUGCAACCCAGACAAGAGACCAGGGGUAGUUGUGGGGGAUUGUUUUUACCAAGACUGCUAAAGCAGAUAGUUUGUACACAGUGUCAGAAAACAGGGAGGUGGUGGUAGGAUCAAUUGCAUAUGUAGCGACUGAGAAAGCCCCAGCCAUGCUUCAGAAAGAAGCGCUGGAGCUCAGUGCAUUAGAUUGGAGAUCACAUAUCAAGCAUAACCCGGGCAUUUGAUAUAAAUUAUUACCUAUAUCACGGAAUAACCUAAUUCGCUGUGUUGAUCUUUAUGUUCAGUUUUAACCACAAAGGUAACCUCCCACGGAGAUCUACCUCAGUCAUUACAAGCUUCAUAACGUUCACAUUUGUGUAAAGAGGAAAAAAUGUAACCUUUGCACAAACCUGCUGAAAGCAUUUGUAGGGUACCUCUAUAAUAAAGUCCACAUCUGAAUAAGAAAUUAUUCAACGUUAGAGAGGUACCUGAAAGGUGCUACAUUUUAUCCAACUUUUAAGAAUCGUCCACAACGGACUGCAUUUUUAUAUUUUUUUAUAUACAUUUAUUUCACACAUUUUUUAACUUGCCAGCUUUUGUUCUGUAGCAAUGAGCCUGGUUUUUAUUUUUUAUCUGCUACUUUUUAAUACUGGUAUUUCCCUCAAAAGCUUUCAGAU